AGCAUUUGAGGACAUCGUGAGAAUCUUGUAGAAGACGCAAUGGAACAGGAACUACUUCUAGGGAUGGCAAAGAUGUCAACUGUCACAGUAACUGAGAGCUGGGAGAAAGCGGACCUGAUGUACAUCUCCAUUGAGAGCACUAUCGCCCUGGCGUCGGUGCUUGGGAAUGUGCUGGUGGUCUUGGUGGUGGGCAUGAACCAGGCUCUUAGAGACCCGACCUUCUGCUUUAUCGUAUCUCUGGCGCUGGCCGAUAUUGCGGUCGGCGUUCUUGUCAUUCCGCUCGCGGUGGUCAUCAGCCUGGGUCUCAAAACACAAUUUUACACCUGCCUCUUCAUUUCCUGCCUUCUCGUCAUCAUCACCCAAAGCUCCAUACUGUCCCUGCUGGCCAUCGCCAUCGACCGCUUCCUACGUGUCAAAAUCCCGACCAGGUACAACAUCAUUGUUACGCAGAGGCGGGCAUGGGUAGCUGUGGGUUUGUGCUGGCUCAUCUCGUUUCUGACUGGAUUAGUGCCUAUGGCCGGCUGGCACCGCAGUCCACCCGCAAAUGUCAGUACGACGACCAUCCAAUGCCAGUUCAUCAAUGUCAUGUGCAUGGAUUAUAUGGUCUACUUCAACUUCUUCGUUUGGGUGGUGGUGCCCCUGACCAUCAUGAUUGGACUGUACGCCGAGAUCUUCCGCGUGAUUUCCCGUCAGCUCAAUCGUCGAGCCGAAGCCACUUGCGACUCGAGCAAGUACUACCGCAAAGAGCUGAAACUGGCAAAGUCGUUAGCACUAGUUCUGUUUCUUUUUGCGCUCUGCUGGCUGCCGCUUCAUAUAAUGAACAGUAUUGUGUUUUUUUGCCCGACAUGCACAAUGCCCAAGAGUGCUGUUUAUGUGGGCAUCUUUAUGUCACACGUUAACUCCGCACUCAACCCACUAGUGUAUGCGUUCCGCAUCCAGCGCUUCCGUGAUACACUGAUUCAUAUCAUCCAGCGAUUUGUGCUCUGUAAAAGCCCAAGCCAGCACGGUCCUGGACCAAUUACGGAGAAAACCCAAGUUCAAUAGCAACUAAGACUAAGGGGGAAUUCACUAAGAAUGGUAGCGUACGUUUGGAGUUGUUUUAGCAUCUGAUUGACUAAAGCAGGGGUCUCCGAACUCAGUCCUGCAGGGCCACUGUCCUGCAGAGUUUAGCUCCAAUCCCAAUUAAACACACCUGAACCAGCUAAUCCAGGUCUAAUUAGGCAUACUAGAAACUUCCAGGCAGGUGUGUUGAGGCAAGUUGGAGCUAAACUCUUCAGGACAGUGGCCCUCCAGGACCGAGUUUGGAGACCCUUGGACUAAAGGAACUAUGCAAAUCACAUAACAGCAUAAACACACCCAAAAUUGUGCAAUGCAAUUUUUCAUUAUGCAUUACAUUGUAGAGGAUGCUGCAGGCUACUGCAAUCGGACAUUGCUGCAGUUCAUGCAUCUGAAUCAGCUCUUUAAAAUGCAGAAAGAGCACUUGUCUACACUGUGUGUCUGGAAAUAUGCCCAGUUAUAAUGCUCUUCUCUAUCAUUUGAUGAAUUACUGCUGCUGUGGUCACAGGAAAAUGUACACAAACAUCGCUUUUCAGACGUAAUUGUGCCAGGCAAAUAGCAGUUUUGUAAAUACGGUGCAUUCCAUAUUAAGCCUUAUUUACAUAGCAAGGAGGUGUGAUGCACUGGACAGAGUGACUAUGACUUCAAAGUGCAAUGCUAUACUGCACUUUGCAUGUCCCAAAUGACACACUAUACACAUAUACACUAUGUACUCAACCGUGUAGUUUAUGAAUUUUAUAAGGUUAUUUUGUCAUUCAUCAACGGGUCUGAUAGCCCCUGCCCCUCCAUUAUCUAAUUAAAGCUGCGGCAGUUGAGUGCAAAAAGUGUUCAACAUUCCACACUUCGUUUUUUCGGUUAAUUAAGUGCAUUAUCUGGGUAUUUAAAGUGCACUUUUUGUUUUUGGAAUUUUCAGUGUGAACACACUACUUGCACUAUGUAUAUCUAUCCAGUCAGUCUCUGUCUUGUUUUUCUUUGACGACCCCAUCUUCUGUCUCUAAGUUAAUCUUGAAAUCCAACUCUUCAUCCUGUCAGCUUGAUCCUGCUCCUACUUCUCUCCUGAAAUCUCUGCACCUAUUUCUCACUUCAUCAAUACAUCUCUUACCUCUGCUUCAUUUCCUCUGCCACUCAAAUCUAAUUACCGUCCUAUUUCAAAUUUACCCAUCAUAGCUAAAUUACUAGAAAGCACUGUUGCCUCCCAACUCCAGUCUUUUCUAGUUGAAAAUAAUCUCUUUGAUCCCUUUCAAUCUUGUUUUCGCUCCCUCCAUAGUUGUAAAGGUAGUGAAUGACCUACUGCUUUCUGGUGACUCUGGUUCUCUGUCUAUACUUCUGCUACUUGACCUCAGCUCUGCCUUCGAUACCGUCUCCCAUGAAUUACUUGUUUCUCGUCUCUCUGAUUUGGGUAUUUCUGGUACUGCUCUUUUUUGGUUUUCUCUCUGACAGACAAUUCUACAUCUCAGUUAAGGAUUUUCGAUCACCUACUGUCCCCCUGAAGCGAGGUGUUCCCCAGGGAUCCGUUCUCGGGCCUUUAUUAUUCAUAAUUUACAUAAUACCACUUGGUCAGAUUUUAACUAUCACUUUUACGCUGAUGACAUUCAAUUAUACUCUAUCUGCACACCUGCUCUACCUGCCCAAACAGACAAAAUCUCUGCUUGUGUGAAAGACAUAAAAGAUUGGCUUAAUUCAAAUUUUCUGAAACUUAACAUGGACAAAACUGAGAUUAUUGUCAUUGGAACUCCCUCACUUACCAGCAAUAUUUGUACCAAUUUCACCUGUGAGAUUGCUGGUUCUCACAUCAAAUCUUCUAAUACUGUUAAAAAAUUAGGUGUAAUCUUCGACUCCACCCUUUCCUUUCAGUCUCAUAUUACCUCUAUUAGCAAAUCUGCAUUCUUUCAUCUAUGUCGCAUUGCCCAACUCCGUCCUGGCUCCCCCUUAUCUUUGUAACAUGCUCGUCCCCUACACCCCGACUCGCUCACUACGUUCCUCUGACUCUGGCCUUCUCAUUGUCCCUCUGCAUUGCCUCUCUUCAAUAGGGGGCAGAUCAUUCAGUGCUAUCGCACCCAAACUCUGGAAUUCUCUCCCCCGCUCACUCUGUUGUGUUAAUAAUAUCUCUGAAUUUAAAUCAUUACUCAAAACUCACUUGUUUUCUGAAUGUUAUACCUCUGAUUUGAUGGAUUGAUUGCUCUGCUUAAUUAACUAAUAGUUCUCUGAAUGUUAUGUUAUGUCUCUUAAGUCCUGUUUUGUAUUUUAUUGUGCUUGACUCUAUUCUUCUGUAUGCUUCCCUGUCCAUUAUUGUUUUUCAUCAUUGUCUACUCACAUUAUCUCUUCCUUGUUAAAUGUACAUUGUAUAGCGUCCUUGAGCUCUGGAAAGGCGCUAUAUAAAUAAAACUUAUUAUUAUUAUUAUUAUACUAAUGGGCAUAGAAUAGUGCAUAAGUACGCAAAUUGGGACGCACCUCUAAGUCUUAAGAAAUAGUAUGACAUACUAGCAGUUAGUUAGGGGUAAUCAGUUUUACUUUUCAGUAUCAGAAUCUAACUGACUUAAAAAAAUGCAGUUAUAAACAGUAGUUUAUGCAUCCGGCCCCUGGUUAAGUUGGAUGGCAUGUGACUAGUAGUGAAUAAGAAGUUUUUUUUGCUGAAAUGCAGAAUGUAAAAGUGACAGCUGUGCAGUGAAUUCACCGCUGUGAGUUAAACUAUGGACAGGUACUUGAAAGAUCUUUUGAAUGUAAUAAAAAUAUUUUGUGGCCUGAUGUUGCUAAGGAUGAGCAUUGGAUGAUUUGUUAGACUUGUCAUGUCAUUGAAAUGCACAGCAAACAACUAAAUAGAUUAAAAUGGGACAAUUUAACAUAACCAAUUUUCCACUAAUGAGCAAAACACACCAAUAUUCAUUACAGUCGUAAUGCUUUUUCCAGCUAAUGGUUUGGAUUUGGUUGCACAUAUUUUGUUUGCACAUUUCUAUCCCAUAGGAAACACUGGAUCUUGUGUGUCUAUAGUUUUUGAGUGAAAUGUCUUCAAUUAAAAACUA